AUGUCUCAGCUUGCCAGCGCGGUUCCGAGGCGUGUGGCGACUCGAGCUAAAAAUGCAACUCAGCACCCAGGAUAUAUCCUGACCGGGGGCGAAGGCCACACAAAGAGACGUACCAAAGCUCAAAAGGCCGCUGACGAUCAGCAUGUAGAGGAGGAAAAGAGGGCAAGUGAAAUGGCUGUUCAUGAAGGACAUAACCGCAUUGCUGUAUUUCAGAAAAAAAUGGAGACAGACCAAGCAGCCGCACGUGUUGAUGCGCCAAAGCCUACUCGUCCCCGCCCACGCCCACGCCCCGUAAAAAAGGCUGUAAAAGUCAUGGAGACCUCCAACUUGACUAUGGCCGAAGAUAAGGCCGUUAGCGCUAAUGGCAAGGGUGGUGGGGCUAGAGGUAAAUUAGCAGCCGGUGCUAACGUCGACCAUCCUGGGAGUGAUGCAGAGGAAGAGGUGCGAGUGCCGGGGUCACGCAAGAAGAAGGAGAAGAGGAAAGUGUUACCAGUGAAGACGCCAGUAAGAGAUGCAAUCGAAGCAGCGGGUCUUAUCGAUGAAUCAACGAUGGCACGUGAUGACGAUAAGAAGUCUGCUGAUGUCACUACAUCAGGUCCUCAAAAAUUUGGUUUUGCUGUCCAGCGUAUCCCGGGUUGGAGGACGGAAGUUCCCGCUGCCAGUGUUGGUUCUAAGCCAUCCUCCAACGCAUUGAGGAAAAGACCAUCUACGAUGCCUUCCGACUUCUCCAGUACUGCUCCCUCUUCCAAACUUACCAUGGGGAGUACUAUCAGUAGCGGUGGUGCCCCACUCACGCCCAUCAAUACUAUCGCCGAUGCUGGGGCUGACAACGUGGCAGAUCGUUUUACGACCCUGUUUGCAGACGAUGAUCUGGCUGAAUCAGUUGAGCGCUCUCAAGCCCUUGCCCGUAUGUCCAAACCAAUAGCUGCUCAGGUCCCUGAUACUUCAGUACGAACAAAUCAAUCCCAUCGCAAUGCCAAUUUGACUCCUCGACAGAUCAACGCAAUUCAGCCUGACGUUUCCGACGAUGAAAUGAAUGUUGAGGCGACCCCCCCAGUAGUAGCUUCCCUCGUUAACUAUGGAUCCGACACUGACAUGGAAUCUGAUCUCGAGCCUCCUCCUUCUACACAGGUCCCCCGAGGAUAUUACGAUGCUGAUAUCCGUCGAGCUGCAGCUCUCGCUCGAACUUCAACAUCCCACUCUACCAUUCUGGCGACGAAUACACCUUCAUCCGAUGUUGAAUUUGUGGGGCACAGCAAACCUGUGGUGGUCAAGACCGAAUCUGAACCAGUGUCCUUGCGGGUCACAUCUGCGACUAAUGUUGGCGUCAAGCACAAAGCUCCUGCGGCUAAGCGGACAAAGUCUUCCGUCACACAUACUCGCAGUCUUUCCAGUAUCUCGAGUGCUACUUCUGGCGCCGUGUCAAACUCUGAUGAUGUCCAGACCGACCAAGACCGCGAAGAUUUCGCAAACAACUUACUUUUCAAACUAGGGUUCUUAUAUGGUAGCAUCACGGAGGACGGACAAUUCAAGAAACCCUUUCAGUCGGAACUCCUUGUUCAAAUGGAACGCGCCCUCAAGAUUAUCGGCCGUGACAAGACGCUCAUCAGUGAACUGGAGGUCAACAGUAAAGGCAAUGCUGUCAAAGUCCCCCACAGUAUGAACAAAGCCUCAGGCAAGAUCAGCAACUCUCGAAAGGCCUUUUCCGACACCAACUUUGGUGCGGCAACCAGGGGCUAUAUGAAGUCCAUCAAUCGCCUCGACGAGUCGAUCCUCCAGGACGUCUGGGGCCGCACGAAGGAGAUCGCUGCGAGGAGGCGUGGUGCGCCCCCCACUGUGGAAGAAGAUUCUGAGGAUGAGCGCGCACUCAUCUUUGAUACCUGGUACUGUCCUUUUCUGUCACUUUCUAGUGUCCCAACUGACGGAUUUCGGUGCUACUUUCUGUUUUAUAGAGUUGUACUGCCCCUUCCUCUCGUCAUUCAUCAUCGCUGUUCCCUGCUUGUUUGUUCACUGUUGCCCGCCGCGCGCAUGUUAAAUGUCUCGUUUUCGCUACUUACCAGUACUUUCAUAUUGCUUUCUCUCCUUUUUGUCUCGCUUAAUAUACAAAUGCAAUGA